CCGUAUAAUAUUAGCAGACUGUUGGAGCAAGUUUUAUUAGUGAGCAGCAGCGACCAUGAAGGCCGCCAGGGCACACGAGGGGGUGGGUGACCAGCACAAUGCCCGGCCGCCUUUUUCUCCUCAGUCGCGAUGUUUACUACACACUGCACUAGGUAUUCCUUUGAGGCUUAGUCGACCUAGGGGAGAAGGCCCAGGACCGGUUCAAAUAAUCGCAACCACUCGUGGUGGUGUUGGUGGCAACCGUGAGCAGGAAUAAAACUCGCAUCUCUGCCGGGUUCAUAGUCCAGUGGUAAUUGCACAGACGCCUAUGCUCUAAGCUGUGGAAGAAUGGGAUUAUCUCUCAAUAAUCAUCUCACAACAGAGCCAUCGCGGUUGAGUCUCUGAUUUGUAUUAACAAAAAAGCUCUAUUAUUUAGAUCAGUGUUUUUUUAAAGGAAUAUAUUCUUUAGAUAAAUGUUCAUUUUAAGCUGAAUCUAGAGAAGUGUGUACAGUAUCCGUGUACAACUUGACGUACAGUAUUUGUUUAUCUAGGGCACAGUCUAACAUUCUAGGGCGUGUCUCGUGAUGCCAAUAACAUUGAAAGCAUUUAAGGUUUUUUACUUCCUCCUUUACUCUCGCUAUAAGAGUUCCUGGUCCAGCGUCUAUCUGAACCACACAGCGAGUGAUCCGAGUGAAGCACAUAACUCAUGGCAAGUGCGACUCCCAGUGAGAGUGUGGAUAGUGAGCUGAGCUGCUCCAUCUGCCUGGACACGUUCGUCUGCCCUUCCACGCUGAGCUGUGGACACUCGUACUGCAUCCAGUGUCUGGAGGCCGCCUGGGAGACAGCGAGCAGCUUCCGCUGCCCGCAGUGUCGAGCAGCCUUCCCUGUCCGACCCCAGCUGAGGCGGAACGUGGCCCUCGCCAACCUGGCAGAGCAGCUCAGAGCUGAAGAUGUGAUGACCACGGGCGUCGUGUGUGACCACUGCAGAAACGGCCAGACUCCUGCAGUGAGGACCUGCUUGAGAUGUGAGAUGUCUUACUGUGCGACGCACUUGAGGCCACACGUGGAGAAUCCCAGGCUAAGAGACCACCUCCUGGUGGAUCCCAUCGCGAACCUGGGGGAACGACGGUGCCGGCAGCACAGACAGGAGCUCAUUCUUUACUGUCAACAGGAUGAGAGCCUGGUCUGCACAUUUUGCACCAUGGCUGGGGAACAUAGAGGGCAUGAGGUCAUUGCAGUGGAAAAUGCUCAAUGGUCAAAACAGGAGGUGUUUAGACUCGAGAAGACGAUGAGAGAGGAGAAGAAGACUACAGCAGAAUCACGGACACAACAGCUCAAGGGCGCCUACAAGCGUGUGCAGGAGUCACUGAAUGGAACCAAAGAGCGGAUCAACAGAGAAUUUAAGUGCAGGAGGGAGCAGCUGAGGGAGGAGGAGAGGGAGGCGCUGGAGCGCGUGGACGAGGAGGGCCGCUCCGUGCUGUCCCGCAUCCAGGCGACCAUCGCUCGCUAUGAGAGCAGAGCACAGGAUCUGGAGCAGGAGAUCAACCAGCUGCUCGCCGCCCUCACCGUGCAGGACCCACUUUCCUUCCUACAGAAUCCCGUGCAUGAGAAUUUCAGGAGCUCAGUCUCUCAGGAGUCUCAGGAUGACCCAGCCCCCAUCUCCAGCUGUCUGAACCUCGCAAAAUCCAUCUCAGUGGGAGGCGUCCAAACGAAGCUUCUGCCUUUUCUCGAUGGAUGCUCACCAACUCUAGACACAAACUCAGCCCACAACGAACUCCAGAUUUCCUCUGAUCUCAGAACAGUGACAUGGAGCGGUGUCUCCCAGGGUCGCCCCCAUCACCCACACCGAUUUGAAGUCUAUCGACAAGCUCUGUGCUCCGAGAGCUUCUCGUCGGGUCAGCACUACUGGGAGGUGGACGUGGGGAGCAGUGCAUGUGUAAUAAAAGGACUCGAACACUUCUUUCUGUCUUCGUGUCUUUAUUCAGGUUCACGUCUUUACCCACACGGCACUCUGUUAUAACUCCUGUAUUUGUAGCCCCCGGCUAUUCACUGCUAUUAUAGCUUCCUCUCCCCUCUGACUCUCUGCUUCAUCUACUAUAACCUCCUCCCUGCAGACUCGCUGCUACCCCUAUGUGCAGACCCUCUGGCUGUCACUGUAUGCAGACCCGCUGCCCACUCUCUCUGUGCAGCCCCGCUGCCGACUGCAGCCUCCUCGCUGCUUCGGGUCGGUCACCGCUGGCCAACGGUGCCGAUCCUCGCUCCCCCCGUGUUCGUGGCGAUCUCGCCACACCCCGCUUCGCCCUACGUGGCCUUCCUCUUUUCCUGGCUCCCCGUCACUCCUCUUGCUCUUCCGGUUCCCCUCCUUCUAUACUCAACCCCUCUGCCCCCCACGUGACCUAACUCCUCCCCCCCUGACGGCACCUCAGAAGGGCCGUUUACAACCGCAUUACAUCACCCUCCCCCUUAAAGAAAAUCCAGCCGACCUCGGCUGAAUUGCAACCUGAAAAGCAAUGCGGGUGUAAAGGGCCAACACGCAAAAAGACACGAAGCAUUGAAGAACAUCAUAACAAUAACACAACACAACACAAUCUAACGAAACGUGAGGGAUUUCGAGCGAGUACGGGUAGCCGGGCCGUCCCGGACGGUCGGCGGCCCACCCGCCGAGCGGGAACGUGGAAGGGUUUUAGGGGCGACGGGCGCAAGUUCUUCCGUCGCCAUUAAAGGCCCGCCACUGUCCCGCUCGCGUCCAGAAACAUCCCGUACUCGCGUCCGCGGAGGGAUAGGAAGAGCUGCAGGUCCCGUGGGUUCUGCGGCUCCGGUCGGCGUCCCACAAGCGGAAGGUCCUCCUCCCUGCGCUGUCACGGCCGGCUUGUCUGUGAAGGGUACGACAGGCGCUCUCGCAAGGUCAGCAGACACAGGCAAGGGCGAGUCGGCAGCAACAGACCCCGGCAAGGCAACUUUGGGAGAUGACGCAUCCGGCCGUGGGGCAAUGUAUGGCUUCAACCGGGACGUGUGCACGAACCAACGCCGUGCACCAACCUGAACACGCGCCGACUGUGGGUUGGGAACCUCAAUGAGGCGGACCGGACCCUGCCAAGGUCGAUGUAAUUUAGGAGAUGUACCUGGCCGCACCUGUGGGCAAUGAAGCCAGGCCAGGUCCCCCUUUUUCCAGGGACACUCCCCCUUUGAACGUCGGGCACACCGCUCAUUCCUGGCCUGAGCCUUGGCAGUAGCCAUGCGGGCAUUUUCCCUCGCCUCAGCGACACGCCGAACGUUGUCCUUAAUAUACUCAGGAAGAGGCUUAACAGGCCCCCUCGCACCGGUUCCCAACUGGUCAUGAAUCGGCGGCACGUUCUCACGGCCGUACAUAAGGAAAAACGGCGAGUAUCCAGUAGCCGCGUGCGGCGUCAUGCGAUACGCCGAAAGCACCCCAGGGAUAUGCAAAUCCCAAUCAGAUUGGUUUUCCCCGACUGUAUGGCACAGCAUGGCGGACAGAGUCCGAUUCAACCGUUCCACCAUACCAUCCGUUUGCGGGUGGUAGGGGGACGUCCGUAUCUUUUUAGUUCCAAGAGCCGCACACACCUCCCCCAACAAUUUAGAUGAAAAGUUACGUCCCUGAUCCGUAAGGAGCCUCUCCGGAGCCCCUUUGUCCAUUACAUACCCAAAUAGAAAGGCGUCAGUGAUAGACGCCGCUGACUGGUCAGGCAAGGGCCAGGCCAUCGGCCAGCGAGAGAGGUACUCCACCCCCACCAGUAAAUACUUAUUCCCUUUAGCUGAUGGCGGAAAGGGCCCCAAAAUAUCUAACGCCACCAGCUCAUUAACCCGAGAUACUUUAAUCGAUUGUAUCGGCGGAACAUAUGGAUGUUUAGGCGGCUUACGGCGGGCACAAUCGGGACACGCGCGAACGUGACCGACGACAUCCGUCGUCAUGCCGUGCCAAUAAUAGUCUCGUUGCAGCGUCAAUAGGGUUUUCUGCACCCCCAGGUGUAAAAGUGUGUCACAGUGCAAAGAUCUAAUCAGCUCAUAGCGCAAUGACGCGGGCACAACGAGACGCCAGUGUUCCUGUAUCCCUUCCCUCCACAUCAGUAACCCAUCUCGGAGAGCAGUUUCCGAAUUUCCACCCGCACCGACUUCCUUACCCGCCCUCUCCGUUCGUUUCCGUAACGACACCAAAGAAUCGUCCAACAUUUGCUCCCGAAUCCACACAGACCUUGGAAGACGCAAAAUCCCGUCAGCCGGUCCCCCUUCAACCGGUCCCGGUGUAAGCGGAGGUUCGAGAACAUCCACUGCCCGCGCGACAGGCUGAGGGGGGGGCUGAGCUGGUCCACACCUAUGCGUCCCCGACGCACACGCACAAGGGGAUUGUUGCGGCAACCUGGACAGUGCGUCCGCGUUAGCGUGACGCACACCCUUCCGAUGGUGAAUUUGGAAGGAGAAUUCUUGCAACGUGUCCAGCCAUCUCGCCAAUUGUCCGGAUGGCUGGUCCAUCUUAAGAGCGUACUGCAAGGCCGCAUGGUCCGUUCGGACAAUAAACGACCGACCGUACAGAUACGGUCGAAAUUGGCGGAGAAAAUACACAAUAGCCAAAAGUUCCCUGCGAGUGACGCAGUAACGAGUUUCCGCGGGAGACAAAACCCGACUCCCGUACGCCACCACACGCUCAACACCACCUUUUGACUGGGACAACACCGCCCCAAUCCCGGUGUCACUCGCAUCCGUAUCCAGAAUGAAGGGAUGUUCAAAAUCCGGAUAAUCCAACGUCGGCGCAGUAGCCAGUAGAUCGCGCAGGCUCCGAAACGCCGCCUCCUCCGGCGGUCCCCACACAAAUUUGUGCCCCUUCCCAGUAAGGAGAUGCAAAGGCCUGGCGAUAGUAGCGAAAUUCGGAACAAACCUCCGGUAAUAUGAGGCGAACCCCAAAAACCGACGCACAUCACCCACCGUGGCGGGGGUUGCCCAGUCCCGGACACACGCAGUUUUCUCUGGAUCCGUGGCCACCCCGUCCGCACUAACAAUAUGUCCCAAGUAUCGAACGGAACGUUGCAGUAGAUGACAUUUCUUAGGCUUGAAUUUCAAAUUAGCAGAACGCAUUCUGGCAAAAACGGCCUCCAACCGCAAUAAAUGCUCAUCAAAUGUGCGGCUGAAGACAAUAAUAUCAUCUAAAUAAAUGAGACAUGUCUCCCACUGCAACCCCGUCAAUACCAACUCCAUCAAUCUCUGAAAGGUGGCAGGGGCUGCAUUCAACCCCAUCGGCAGACAGUUAAAUUGGAACAACCCCUGCGGCGUACGGAACGCUGUCUUUUCCCGCGAGGGCUCGUCAAGGGGAAGCUGCCAGAAGCCCGAAGAGAGAUCUAGCGUUGAAAAAAACUUAGCCCCUGACAAGGCGUCGAGAGAAUCGUCCAUACGCGGCAGGGGAUACGCAUCUGCCACCGACACUUUAUUUAACUUCCGAAAAUCCACACAAAAUCGUAAUUUACCAUCUUUCUUUUUAACCAACACGACAGGCGCGCCCCACGGGCUAUUAGACGGAGAUAUAAUAUCCGCUUUCAACAUGUCUUCCACUGCCCCUCGAACGUGCUCACGCUCAGCCGGACUCAUCCGACGCGAGUUCAAGCGGAUAGGGGCCGCGUCCCCCGUUUCGAUGUGAUGAGAGAGCAGCGAGGUGCGUCCCAAGUCCAAAUCGUCCGAGCUAAACACAUCGGAAUAGCUCGCUAAUAAUUUAUGAAUCGCACAACGCUGCUCAGCGGAAAGGGCCGAAUUUUCCGCACAUAGUUCGGCGAUCCAACGAUCGUCCACCCCUCCGUCGUGUGAAACACCACCCACCAGCCCCCCGUCCGGAAUGUCACUCUGAGCCGUAAACGCCGUAGUGGCGUGUGCCACAACGGUACCAGCCGGCACACACACGCUCUCAGAACUCGCAUUUAACACCUGCAAAAACGGGCGUUGAUCCGGACGGACAAUGGUUUGCGCCCCCACCAGUGCCAAUCCGCCCGUAACAGCGGCGGACGGCGACAGCAAAAUUCCACAAGCACCCUGCCGACCCGGAACCGGCUUCCGGUAUCGUAGGGGAAUGAGCAUCUGCGAGCCAGGUGGAAUAUCAACUGAAACUUCCGAUAAUGCCUGCACCUGGGCAACCGGAGCCGGUCGCCCCCAGGCGGACUGUAAAAACGCCAAUUUGCGGCCCCCUGGUAGUUCAAUGCAAUUUUCAUUGAUUCUAAUUAGAAUGGGCAUCUUAGCCAAAAAAUCCGUGCCCAACAAGCAAGGAACCGCCAGGGACCUCGAAAUUAACACAACGCCCGAGGCCGAGACCCCCCCGAUAGAAAUAUUAGCGUCCACCUGUCCCACGAUGCCCAUACUACCCCCGUUCGCAGCGAUGCAGGAAGCGUAAGCCGGCCUCACGGCCCCCGGUGGGAUGUUCAAAAGAUGGAAUAUGACAUCCGAAAUAAUGGUCGCGGACGCCCCGGAAUCCACCAAAAUACGCACGUCCACCCCUUGGAUCGACCCCGGUACAGUGGACGAACCUGUAGCGGCCGCGACAACCCGCCGAGCCAACUUACGCCACUGCGUUAUCGAGCGACAAGGCGCAGAUACUGGCCUCCCAUAUUUUAGAACAUCCGCGUCGCACAACAACGGCGAUGAGUGAGGUGUCAGGCCUUGCCGGGUGUCUGGUGCGCACCGACUUGCCUGUGCCGGAGGGUCUUUCUUUGGGACGUCCGCGAUCGAGGCCUCCUGCUGGGGCGGCCCCGGAACCCGGGCCCAGCAGUCCCUGGCAUAGUGGCCCCGACGGCCGCAGCGGAA